GAGUGCUGCGCGGGUGGCGUCGGCGUGGGGAGCGGGGCGGUCCCGCUGGCCUCUCCAUCUCUGUCAGGCCGCGGCAACAUGGCGGGCGCGGAGCAGGGGGCGAGCCCGGAGCAGGCGGAGAAGCACCUGAACGGGGAGCUGCUGCUGGAGCCUGAGGACGCGGAGGGCGGCGCGGCGGGGCCCGGCGCCGAGGAAGGCGCCAAGAAGAAGCGGCGGAAAAAGAAGAAGAGCAAAGCCGCCUCCGCGGGACAACAAGAGACAGAGAGAGAAUUAGAGAGUGCUCUUGAUGUAGCAAAACAGUUGGAUAAACAAACACUGGAGGAGAAGGAAAAAGAUGAUGAUGAAGAAGACGGAGAGGGUGAAGGAGAUGGAGCAACAGGGAAGAAAAAGAAGAAAAAGAAAAAGAAGAAAGGGCCUAAGGUGCAGACAGAUCCACCUUCUAUUCCAAUAUGUGAUCUAUUUCCCAGUAGCAUAUUUCCAAAAGGAGAAGAAUGCGAAUAUCCACCAACACAAGAUGGGCGAACUGCUGCUUGGAGAACUACAAGUGAUGAAAAGAAAGCACUAGAUCAAGCCAGUGAAGAGAUUUGGAAUGAUUUUCGGGAGGCUGCUGAGGCACACAGACAAGUGAGGAAAUACGUUAUGAGCUGGAUCAAACCUGGAAUGACAAUGAUAGAAAUCUGUGAAAAACUCGAAGACUGCUCACGCAAACUGAUAAAAGAAAAUGGUUUAAAUGCAGGUCUUGCAUUUCCCACUGGAUGUUCUCUGAAUAACUGUGCAGCCCACUACACUCCCAAUGCGGGAGAUCCUACAGUAUUGCAAUAUGAUGAUAUUUGCAAAAUAGACUUUGGAACACACGUUAGCGGUCGUAUUAUUGACUGUGCUUUUACUGUUACGUUCAAUCCAAAAUAUGAUAGACUGUUACAAGCAGUAAAAGAUGCUACUAAUACUGGUAUAAAGUGUGCUGGAAUAGAUGUUCGUCUCUGUGAUGUUGGUGAAGCGAUCCAAGAAGUUAUGGAGUCCUAUGAGGUUGAAAUUGAUGGCAAAACAUAUCAAGUGAAACCAAUUCGCAAUCUGAAUGGACAUUCAAUUGGGCCAUAUAGGAUACAUGCUGGAAAAACUGUGCCCAUUGUGAAGGGAGGAGAAGCAACAAGAAUGGAGGAAGGUGAAAUAUAUGCUAUAGAAACUUUUGGUAGCACAGGAAAGGGUGUUGUUCAUGAUGACAUGGAAUGUUCUCAUUAUAUGAAAAAUUUUGAUGUUGGGCACGUGCCAAUAAGGCUUCCAAGAGCAAAACAUUUGCUCAAUGUUAUCAAUGAAAACUUUGGCACUCUUGCCUUCUGCCGCAGAUGGCUAGAUCGUCUGGGAGAAAGUAAAUAUCUAAUGGCUCUGAAGAACCUGUGUGAUUUGGGUAUAGUGGAUCCAUAUCCUCCCUUAUGCGACAUUAAAGGCUCAUAUACCGCCCAGUUUGAGCAUACCAUAUUAUUGCGCCCAACAUGCAAAGAAGUUGUCAGCAGAGGAGAUGACUAUUAAACUCAGUGUCACCUCAACGCCUUUAUGCUCUAGGCUUUGUUGGAACAUGUUAUACCAGAAUUAAUUUGCACCGUAUUGUCUGUUUUAACAGUGGACCGAUGUAAUACUUUCCAUGUUUGGAAAGAAAGGAAUUUAAUCAAAGGCAAGUCUUCUAAUGUAACUAACCAAGGAAAAAGCUUUCAUGCCUCUAGAAAUAUUUCAGAAGGUUACGUAUAUUUUUUUCUGUUCAGGGAAAUAUGUGCUAUAAAGCUCAAUUUUUAGUUUGGAAUGAGUUAUACAUUUUGUUUUGAACAUUUAUGAUAAGAAAUGCUUUUCAAAUAUUUAUAUUACCAUAUUCCUACUUGAAUGCUUUGAAUGAUUACACCUGACUUCUGCGCCUAAGCCCUCUAUGGUAUUGCCUUUUAAAUUUCCUGGAAUCCAUUUUGUAAAAAAUAGACAAAUUUUCAGAUUUUAAAAACAUAUAUACUUUUUAAAAGUCUGGUUCUGACUCUGAGCAGGAGUCUGCUGGGGAACUGCUCUAUUAAAUAAUAAUAAAAAAUA